GUUAAAACCACGCCUGCGUGUAGGAAAGCUUUCUCGUUUUCACAUUAUAACAAUAGUUGAUAUAAAGUUUUAAAAAGCGAGCAAAAACUUUCAAAAGCGAAAUUUUUCGACGAAAACUAUUCCUUGAAGUGGCUUUGUCUUUGUAUAGUUUCCUGACAGACUUAGCUGCGAGCAAAAAGUUUUAAAAGCGGGAUUUUCCGAAGGAAAUUCCCCCUAUAAUUAAAAGUGGCUUUAUGUCUGUUUAGUUUCCUGGCAGAAUUAGCUGUUUUACAUGAAAUGAAUAUUGUAUUUUUUACGUGGGUUUGUUUUAACAUAUGUCGCAUAUGUUUAUCUUAUGAAUUAAUAACAAGCUUCAGCACCAGAGCAGGUGUAAAUGAGACCCAUUUUGAAUCAAACGAAAGAUCAAAAACUAUAGAAGUAAUAAUUUUUGAGCACUAAUGACUAAAGAUUUCAUUUGAAAACACCAACCAAAUACCAAAGAAGAUAUGGUUACUUUGCUUCGACACAGAUACAACAUUCGGGUUUUAUUUAUUUUUGUGUUGAUUCAUAUGUCCUCAAGUUUCAACAAACGGCCAGGAGAUCGUGAUUUUGACGAAGUUUUGUUGAAAUAUUCCAAGAUCUUCAGGGAAAGCGAAAAAUUCGAAAAUUCAAUCGAUAAUUUUAAAGAUGAAUUAGAAAUAGUUGAUAUCAGAAUGUCAGACGUGUCACCCCAAAAGCCAGACAGUUACUUGUGCACUUCAAGAAAAAUGCCCGAUGAUGAUGUGUAUAUAGUUGGUUAUCAACCUCAUGCAAAGAUGAAGACGGCUCAUCAUAUGUUGAUGUUUGGUUGUGAUGAAGUUUUCAAUGAAGGUUUGAAAGGAUACUGGAAUUGUGGUGAAAUGGGAGGAACAUGUAAAGGAAUAGUGAACCAGAUUAUGUAUGCUUGGGCAAAGGAUGCUCCUGCUCUAAGUCUUCCCAAAGAUGUUGGAUUUCAUGUUGGUGGAAAAAGUCAAAUAAAGUUUAUUGUUCUACAAGUGCAUUAUGCCAAUGUUGAUAAGUUCAAGGUUCACCAUGAAACUGACCACUCAGGUGUUUCUCUACAUCUUCAAUCACAAAAGCCAAAACAUUUUGCUGGGAUAUAUCUUGUGGCAGCUGGUGGCCCUCCUAUUCCACCAAAAGAAGAAGUGUUUGACAUGAAUAUGGCAUGCCAUUAUGGCAUGGGUCCUGAAAUGCACCCAUUUGCCUUUCGAGUUCACACCCACAAGUUGGGAUUUGUUGUGACUGGUUACAGAGUACGAAAUAACAAAUGGCAUCUUAUCGGUAAAGGAGACCCACAACAACCACAGGCAUUCCACCGCAUUCAUGGAGAGGAAUCCAUUCAACCUGGUGAUGAUGUGGCUGCAAGAUGCACUUAUAAUUCCAUGAAACGAGACACCACAACAUACAUUGGUGCAACAGGUGCUGAUGAGAUGUGCAAUUUCUACAUUAUGUACUGGUAUGAUCCUGCUAUGGGACAACCUACAGAUGCUUGUACUUAUGUUCAAUACCAAUCAUCUGAUUAUCCAUCGGACACAGAUGAACCUUUCUUACCUAAGACCAAAAGGGACAUGAAACUAACAAAAAAGGUGUUAUUAAAAGAAAGAGAGUGGCCAAAGACAAGCCUAGAACAUGAAGGUGUCAAGGCAGGUCAGAUUUCUGGUGUAGCAAUAGAUAGCUCUGGAAAUGUGGUCAUCUUUCAUCGCAGUGAUCGUAAAUGGGAAGACAAAACAUUUGAUAUGAGCAAUGUAUUGAAUGCAAAAUUACGCGAGGAGCCAAUCGCCAGCGAUGUUGUCUGGUAUUUGUACAAUAAGUCAGGAAAAGUGUUUAAAACAUGGGGAAAGAAGAGAUUUUACUUCCCGCAUGGAAUCACUAUUGAUUACGAAGAUAACAUGUGGUUUACAGACGUUGGAAUGCAUCAGGUUUUUAAAUUCAGUAACAAUGGUAAAAAAGAACUAGAGCUGGGUGAAAAGUUCGUUCCAGGGAAUGAUCUUAAACAUUUUUGUAAACCAACUGAUGUUGCUGUGAUGGCGGAUGGUUCUUUCUUUGUCUCUGAUGGGUAUUGCAAUAGUCGUAUUGUGAAGUUCUCUUCGUCUGGAAAAGUUAUGAUAAUCAUUGAUGAUCAUCUAUUAAGCACAGCACCUGGAUCACCCAUGCCCAAAUCUUUCAGUCUACCUCACAGUGUAGCACUUGACCAACAAGAGCUUAUCGUGUACGUUGCUGACAGAGAAAAUGGUCGAGUGCUUGCAUUUGAGACAGAGACUGGAAAAUACAAGAACAAUUAUGCUGGAUUUGGAGACAAAGUCUUUGCUAUAACCUAUUCGCCUUUGCGUGGUGGAUUAUUACACGUUAUUAAUGGUCAAUCCUUUCAAAACCCCCAUAUUUUUGGAUCUUCACUUGAAUUAAAAACUGGUAAAAUCAUUCAACGAUGGGAACCCGAAAAGGGUUUUAUAUCCACAUGACGUAGUUUGUAAUAGUAAUGGACAAUCAAUUUAUGUGUCAGAAAUCACUUCGCCAGGACGACUUUGGAACUUCCAAGAAGAAUAGUUAUUGUAAAUAUUAUAAGUGAUAUGAAUACAGAAGAAAAAUACAAAUGAUUCAAAAUCUUAA